AUGAAAAGCAACGUUUAUGUGGGCAUUAAACCUAGUAUUCCUAAUGCAAGACUACCGUCAGGUGAGCAAAAUGAUAUCGGCCUUUCCAUAGGUGCCAAAUCAGAUACUGCCGAAUUAUCCUCUGCAUAUGAUUAUAUACUAUCUCCCAUUACAAACACUAGAUAUAAAGAACUAAUCAAUCGAAUAAUAAUUACCCAUAAUCAAGAAGCAUAUAAAAGUGGCAAAGAUGAUCGACGGAACCACAACAAGGAAAUAGUGGUUCCUGAACCACAGUUACAGGACUUGUGUAUUCCACCUUUCAAGAUCAAUGAAAACGAAAAUAAUCCAUCCUAUAUUGGUCUUCUCUCCUCUUGGUUGGAAAUAGAAAGCUCUGACAUGUUUGUAAGAGAAGUAGCAUAUCAGUUGUUACUCAAUGAAUGUAAAUAUGCAAAGUUUGCAGGCAUUACCAAACUAAUUUUAGCACCUCCUAGAGAUGUCCUGCUCUUAUCAUUGUAUGCUCAAUUAAUCUCAAGAUUAUUAAAUACAGAGGAGGUCACAACUUCACCAUCAUUAAUGUUGUCAAUAUCACUGCCAUUAUACGAAGAUAGUGAUCCGUUGGCUACUUGGGAAUUAUGGAGCAAUAUUAGACGGUUAUGUGAUUAUCAUCCAUCCCUAACAAUAUCCCUCGCGGUUCCAAGAAUCAAAGUUCCAUCUUAUGUCUUGAAUAGGUGGCUUUGUGAACCUGUAUUCUGUUUGUUAGUUUCGUCUUCCAUUUUCGCCAUGAAUCAGUAUGGAUAUCCAGUUCUUCACAAACAUUCUCAGAAUUUGAUUCAAAAGUUUCAGAAGGUCAAUGGCAAUUCUCAACUACAGGUUGGUGAACUUGCUAUAGUGGUACAUGGAUUGGAGAAAACUUCAGGGCAAUUCAAAGGCGGUAGCGAGGUUUACCUUGAGUACCUUAAUUAUUUGCUAGAUAAAGGGGAUAAAGAGAAUAUGAACCAGAUACUUGAUAAUCUAAAUACUGAUAUUACGAUACCUCGCUUAAUGCCGCCACUAAGACCUCACUCAGAUAUUUUGUUAAACUCUACAUAUUCCCUUUUCGAAAAGGACAUUGUCAAAUAUAAUUUAUAUGGAGAAGCCAUUGAAAAUGCACUACAAGAUUUGAUCCAAACUAAAAAAAAACCUAUUGGUACUGAUUUGGUGAUUCUUAUAGCAGGUGCAGGCCGUGGACCUUUGGUUGAUAGAGCCUUUCGUAUUAUUCACCAUCUAAAACUGCAAAAGAAAACAAGAAUUAUUGCCAUUGAAAAAAAUCCACAAGCAUAUCUAUAUUUACAAAAAAGAAACUUCGAUCACUGGGAGAACCAAGUUGAACUAAUCAAAGAUGACAUGAUUCAUUGGAGUGAUUCAACAUUAAAGGUAGAUAUUUGCAUUAGUGAACUGUUAGGAUCUUUUGGUUGCAAUGAACUAUCCCCUGAAUGUCUAUGGGCUAUUGAGAAAAACCAUUCGAAACCUUCCACCAUUUUCAUUCCUAAAUCCUAUAGUUCUUACAUAGCACCAAUCUCGUCCCCACUCCUAUAUCAAAAGUUGUCACAAAUACCGAGGGGUUUAGAAUCACCUUGGGUAAUGCAUAAUAUUCCAUAUUGUAUCUUAUCAACUAAAGUAAAUGAAUUAUGGUCCUUCGAACAUCCUUUCAUAGAGGCAGACGUAAACGACGCUGUAACCUUUUCCAGAAAUUCAACAACAGAAUUUAAAAUAAAGCAUGGAGGAGAGGUACAUGGAAUUGUGGGUUUUUUCACAGCUGUUUUAUAUGGUAAUAUAAAACUUUCAAUUAUUCCCGAUAACGUGGCUGUGAAAUCGAAGCCCUCGAACAUAAAAAUCCCCGGAGAUGACAUCCAACAUACAGCCGCCCUAUUUUCCUGGUCUCCCAUUGUUUUCCCUCUUUCACAGCCAAUAUUAAUAACGGAUGACACCGAGUUAUCCGUUCUGCUUUCCAGAGUUCAUUCAACAACUCGAGUUUGGUAUGAGUGGUCUGUAGAGAGUUUCAUCUAUCUUGCUGUUUUGAAGCCACCGAAAUUAAAAUUGGAACCAAUUGCAAAACGAAAGCUGGAGCCCAUGAUUAAUAACCCUGAACUUGAGAAUGAAAAACUUUCUUUCUCAACUCUUGAUGCUGGCUGGAAAAGUUUCGCUGAUUCUCUUGAGAUUGAGGACAAAAAUGAAGAAAAUUCUGGUAGUUUCAACGAUGACGAAGAAUCCGAAAUUAAUGUACGUGUCAAAACAGGAGUUUCUAAAUUACAUAAUAUAAAUGGAAAGCUGUUUGACAUACCUCUUUGA